UGCCAACAACCUAGCUAGUGUGCUACAAUCCCAAGGAAAGUACGAUGAAUCGGAGGCGAUGAAUCGGCGUGUACUGGAGGGGCGCGAGAAGAUUCUUGGACCAGACCACCCAGACACCCUAAUAAGUGUUAUCAACUUCGCUAGCGUUCUUCAAAGCCAAGGAAAGUACGAGGAAUCUGAGACGAUGAACCGGCGUGCACUCGUGGGGUGCAAGAUGAUUCUUGGACCAGACCAUCCCAUUACCAAACUAAGUGCCAACAACCUAGAUGCGGUGCUGCAACUCCAAGGAAUGUGUAAGAAUUCC